CAUUUGUUGAGUACAAAAAUAAAAACAAACAAAAGUUAGAUUAUUUUUUCAAAGUUGAAUGUAGUUGAUUUUAAGCUACUUUUUUCCAUUAUAAUCAACAAUUCAAACUAGCAUCAUGGUUGUAGAAAGCACUCCUGUGACGAAGACGAAGAUUAAAACGGCCCGCCCAAAACCCGUCUAUCUGUGGACCGUAGCAGAUACUUUGAAGUGGUUCCGCAGGCACUGCAGUGAACAGUUUGGAAAAUACAGCGACCUGUUCCAAAGGCAUGAAAUAACUGGCCGAGCAUUGCUCAGGAUUACGGACAAUUCUCUUUACCGGAUGGGUGUUGAAGAUGAUAAGGAUCGAGACGAUAUUCUGCGUGAAAUUAUUAAACAGCGACUUAAGACAGACAUUAUGGAAAUUCGUGAUAUGGAACUGAUGAAUAAUGUAUAUGAAAAUUGUUACUAGAAAUAUAAGGAAUUUUUUAUUCAUAUUUCAGAAGUGUCAAAUACUAUAUCUUUGUAGUCUAGUUCAAUAAAUAUUAUCAAUAAUUUUUGUCUGUUUACAGAAAUAAUUUAAAUAAAUUAUAAACUCAUGAAAAGCAAACACAAAACAA